AUGGAUAAGUUUAUUCGUCUGGCAGACGCUGUGACAGAAUUUGAGGCCGACUACAACGACACGGCCCAAACUGAUCACACCAAAUACACUCUUGCCAUUCAACAAGAGGAGUUGAAAACGUUAUGGAAGAAAGCGAAGGCAGCAUAUGAGGAAUUAGUAAACUCUGAUACGUUAGAUGCUAAAGCAGUAUCUGCUGUGAAACCAAAAUAUAAAAGCUCGUACGCUGUAUAUUUGCGAUGCAUGUCGAACAUGGCAGAUCUGCAUGCAAAGCUCGUUAAGAGCGAAAAAGACAUAGAAGGUACGUCUGUCCAAGAACACAACAUUCACCUUCCUCCGUGCGAUACGGAAGUGUUCAAAGGCGACUACCUCUCUUGGCCAACAUUCCGAGAUAUGUUUACGGCCAUAUAUAUAUUAAAUAAGCGCCUCACUCCAGUUGAAAAGUUGUUCCAUCUGAACCAAAAAACACUGGGUGAGGCCAAAGAUAUAGUGAGGAAGUGUCCUCUCACUAACGAAGGAUUUGCCACAGCGUGGAAAAACCUAACAGAUAGGUACGAGAAUAAACGCAUUCUCGUAAAUUCCCAGUUACAAAUUCUUUUUAAUUUAAAGGCAAUAGAGAACGAGUGCGGCGUCUCGAUUAAGAAAUUACAGCGAGAUAUAAAUAAUUGCAUCUCAUCACUAAAAAGCCAUAAAAUUGAUAUAUCGAACUGGGAUGCAAUAUUUACUUAUCUUUGCUCAACGAAAUUGCCAGAAAGUACCUUGGCAUUGUGGGAACAAACAAUCGAAGACAAGACGGAGAUAUCGAAGUGGGAGGAUAUGGACAAAUUUCUGUCCAACAGAUUCCAAACACUGGAAACCGUCUCGGGUAUAACGGGUACUAAACUUACAAAAAUUCCCAAGCCCCAUAAUAGUAGGCAUACUAGUGAAACUCCGCAAAAAAGACUUGGUGCCUUCCAAGCAAGUGUAGCUAAAACGACAUGCAAAUUCUGUAAAAGCAAGGACCACAAGUUAUCAAAGUGCGAAAGAUUCAUCAAUUUAACGACGGUCGAUAGAAUCGCCUUCAUUAAGUCGAACCAUGGUUGCUUGAACUGCUUAUCCAAUGGACAUACUGUGUCCAGGUGUACAUGCUCAUUUAAUUGCAGCACUUGUCACCAACGACAUCACACGCUCCUUCAUAUUCAAGCAGUUCAGCCAAAAGCAACUAUGCACCAAAGGCAACAAACAUAUGCAUCAAAAGACACAGAUAACAUAGCGUCCACUUCGGCACAGGCUCAAGCAAUGCGCGACGCUGCAAGUGCAAAAAAGAACUCAGUGAACAAUGUCACGUCUUGUUUCGCUAAUACUAACAAAGGCGUAUUGCUGGGAACAGCAAGAGUUCAUAUUUUUUAUAACAAUACAAAUUUCUCAGCUCGAGCAUUAAUAGAUUCAGGUUCUGAGUGCUCUUUCAUAACGGAAAGACUCAAACGUAGAAUCAACUUGCCUUCUAAGAGAAUGCAUGCACAGGUAUCUGGUAUCAAUAACACCAUUUCAGCGCAGGUAAAGGAAGCAUGCCUCAUUCAAUUGAGAUCUCCAAUUGAUCCUCUAAUAAACAUCAACACAACCGUGCUGGUGUUGCCUCAAUUAACCGGAAAUCUUCCGACAUGCCAAAUUAAUGCGAUGACUAGCCAAGCUUUCCCGGAUCUGGAAUUAGCAGACAAGAGAUUUUUUAUUAAUGAACAAGUUGAUCUAGUCUUAGGCGGCGACAUUUACGCCCAAAUAAUGUUGAGCGGAAUCCGAAAAAACGUUUUAGGUACGCUUCUGGCGCAGGAGACUGUAUUCGGCUGGAUACUAACCGGUCAAACUGACACGGUUACGCCAGCCAACAAAUGGGUAUCAUUUUUUAACGAGGUCAGCCUCGAUAAGCGUCUCGCGUCUUUCUGGGAAGUGGAAGACAUUCCGAAAAACCAAUCCUACAAUAAAGAUGAAGUUUAUUGUGAAGAACUUUAUAAAAGCACAACAAAGAGAAACGGUGAAGGCAAAUACAUAGUGUCACUGCCAUUUAAGCAGGACUUCCCAAAAGACGUCAAAUUAGGACCCUCUCUAAAAAUCGCUUGCUCACAGUUCUUUAGGAUAGAAAAGCGGUUGGCGAGAGACCCACCUCUGCAAACAGAAUAUAACCGAGUUUUGUCAGAAUACGAGGCAUUAGGUCAUAUGACGCGAAUCGACGUGAAUGUUCCUGCAGAUGCAUGUGACAAUUACUUCCUGCCUCAUCACGCUGUCAGGAAGGACGAAAGCACUACCACCAAAGUAAGGGUAGUUUUUAACGCAUCGUGUCCGACAUCAAAUGGGGUGAGCCUUAAUGAGGUGCUCUAUCCUGGUCCAGUACUUCAAAAUGAUUUGCCAACAUUAAUACUUCGGUGGAGAUUAUUUAAGUAUGUUUUUAACAGCGACAUCGAAAAGAUGUAUCGCCAAAUCUUACUAAACCCUGACCAAACAAAGUAUCAGCGCAUAAUUUUUCGUACUAAUCCAUCCGAACCCAUAAGACUUUAUGAACUCAAUACUGUGACCUUCGGUGUCAAUUGCGCACCUUACCUGGCGAUUAGAACUCUGCUUCGGUUAGCGAACGACGUGGAAGAUUCGCACCCCAUUGCAUCGGACAUCUUAAGAAAAUACAUGUACGUUGAUGAUGUUUUAGCGGGCGGUCAUACUAUCGAAUCUGCUAUUAAAGCUAAGGACGAAAUCACAACAGUAUUGCAAUCGGCGGGUUUUCCUUUGAGAAAAUGGACUUCUAACUGCGACGAAAUAUUAUAUGGUAUCCCAAAAUCCUAUCUGCCGAAAGAAGAUUUCUUGGACUUCGAAGACACCAGCACGGUUAAGGCUCUGGGCAUCAGGUGGAACGCCCAUUCUGAUAAAUUUUACUUCACUGCCAAGCCAAUUGAGAAUCAGGAUAGACAUACAAAAAGGGCAAUACUAUCGGCUAUUGCCAAAUUAUUCGAUCCGUUAGGGUGGCUCGCACCGUUUGUAAUUACCGCGAAAAUUUUAAUGCAAAAUAUUUGGUUAGAAGGAACCGGGUGGGACGAAAUUGUAUCAACCUCCACAUUAGACCGUUGGGAAAGCUUUAAGGAAAGCUACAGCCACAUCGAAAGGAUUCGUAUCCCUCGUUGGAUAUAUUUUUCACCGACAGCCAAAGUCGAAAUACACGGGUUUUGCGACGCCUCAGAAAAGGCAUAUGCGGCUGCUCUCUAUAUUCGCGUCGAAAAGGAUGAUAAGGUCUUCACCAAUCUGCUACUAUCUAAAACUAAAGUUGCACCAGUUAAAACGAUCUCGCUUCCCCGCUUAGAACUUUGUGGGGCGGUUUUACUUUCAGAAAUCCUCGAUUCGAUUACCAAUAACCUGAAUUUGGGGCAUAUUACGACAAAAAUGUGGACGGAUUCUACCAUUGUCCUGGCCUGGAUUCGGAAACCACCCUGCUCAUGGUCAACCUUUGUUGCACAUCGAGUAACCAAAAUAAUAGAAAAAGUCGGAAAAGAAAAUUGGUGUCAUGUAGAUUCAACCUCAAAUCCGUCAGACUUAGCCAGUAGAGGACUUCCGGCGCAAGAAUUAGUAAACAAUUCGCUGUGGUGGGAGGGCCCUUCUUGGCUGCAAGAAGAUCACUCCAAAUGGCCCACUCAAGAAAAGGACUAUAAUACAGUGAUAGAAGAGAAGAGGGUGCAG